AAUUGCUUUAUUAAAUUACAAUAUAAUAAGAUAAUCCUCAUUUAUUGAAACAACACUACUAUAUACGUUGCUUCCAAAGCAACCAGUGUAUGUGCAACUAAUUUCCACAAUUCAGUUGUGUAAAACCAACUUACUUUUUAAAAAAAAUUGUAGCAUAUAUAGCAUCAGUGCUAUAGGUGUCUGUAGGCUGCAUCAUCUUUCUGUUCAGAAAAGAUGCAAAAUCGUUUCAUCAUGCAAAUUUUUAAAAGACUCAUUCAGAUGCAUAAUAAGAACUAUGACUUUUAUCUGCCUCAGAUCUUAUCUUGUAACAGACUUUAAGACUUCACUGAUUUUGUUGUGGUGUAGAAGCAUUGUAUGGUGUCCAAGCCAUUAAACAUGCUAUUCCAAUAUACUGGAGAGGCAGUCAGAUCUGUGAGAAAAAUCUAUUUAUUUCUUAGGGUUAAUGGCAUUCAGUUACUCAACAAACUACAAUUAUUAGCAAUACAAAAUACUUGGGGUUUUAUUAAUAAAAGUUAGAGUAAAAUUCAACUUAAAAUAUCUGACUACUCAGUUAUAAUCUCCGAGCUCAGUAGCCUAUAGGCCUAUUUUCAUCGCUUGGUACAGGCCUACUGCCCCGAAAGGUGAUGAUGAUGAUGAUGAUCUGAGGAGGAGGAGGAGGAGGAGGAGGGGGGAGAGGAGGAGGAGGAGGGAUACCACCAGUUAAUAACCCAGCCUCCUCUGCCUUUCAGCAUCAUGAUCGCAGGAUGUACCGGGACCCCUUCACCAGCGGAGCCACGUCGUGAUGACUGUCCGCGGGCAGAGCUGAAGCCCGGUGACGCUUGACAUUUCCUCCAUCCAGUAGUUGAUUUCUCCAAGCAGCGCGGUGUGAAGCUGGAGCUUUGGCACAAACAGUCACACUCUCUCACACUCAGAGGCUGCCUCUCUGGCGCGUACUUUGCACCGACACAUUCCUCCGAGGCUUCUCCUUCCUUCCAUUUGGGGAUUUGAAACUUGAGGGACUUUACCGUCGCAGGCAGAGAACAAAAGGCGGUCAGACGGACAGUGUCGGUGCGGUAAAUGUAGCGGCAGGCUGGGUGUCAGCGGUGCUGCUGGACCAGCCGAGAACGCACCAAGUCCCGUCCCGCAUCCCGUCUUACCCCCCGGUGUACCGAAAACGGCAAACAUGAUUCUCCUCGGGAUUGUCCUUCUUCGUUUCUUCUCAGGUGUGUUGCCAUCCUCAGCACCCAUCUUCCCCUUCCCUCCCUCCCCCACUGACUGUGUUGAAGCUCAUCGGGUGUGCUCCAGCGACCCCCGGUGCAAGGCGCUGUACCGGGGCUUGGAGCUGUGUGCGGCCGACGCAUCGGUGUCCCCACUGGGGGAGCAGGCAGCUUCCGAAUGCCUGGAGAGACAGGACGCUCUGCUGGCCAAACACCCUGCUCUGUUGGCCUGCAAGUGCCAGCGCAGCUUCCGAAAGGAGGAGCAGUGCCUGCGCAUAUACUGGAGGGUUCGCCUGCUGCCAGGCGAGGAUGAAUUGGAAAUAUCUCCCUAUGACGACACACUAAUGGAUACUCGCAUGGCCUCCUUAGUGGCAGCCUCAUCUUUCAUGCAGUUGGAUGAUGAGAACCAAUGCCUGAAGGCAGCACAGGACUGUGGCCUGUACGAGAAGUGUGGUUCUCUGCGAUCAGAGUAUGUCCUGGCCUGCACCAAGCGGGUGCCCGGGACCAACCGAUGCAACCAGCACAAAUGUCACCGAGGCCUGCGACGCUUCCUAGAGCGGGUGCCUGAGGAGUACAGCCUGGGUGUCCUGUUCUGCCCCUGCACCAACACCCUGUGUGGUGAGAGGAGGAGGAAAACCAUUGUACCCUCCUGCUCCUACCAGGAGAUGGAGGGUCUGCAACCUAACUGUCUCCACCAGCAGAGCUUCUGCCGCCGAGAUGACCUCUGCAGGUCCAGACUGGCUGAUUUCCUUAAUAACUGCCAGCCAUCUCCUCUGACAGUCAGCGGCUGUCUGAAAGACUCAGCAGGCCUGUGCCUCCGAGCCUACGCUGGACUCAUCGGUACCAUCAUGACACCCAACUACAUCAGUAACAGCUCUGCAGACGUGUCGCUGUGGUGCAACUGUGAAGGCAGUGGCAACCAGUGGCAGGACUGUCUGAGACUGCAGCGCAUGUUCACCCACAACACCUGCCUGCGUAACUCUAUCAGUUGGAUGGGGAGCCCCGGCUCCCUGCCUGCAGACAUCACCCCCCCUCCUGCUCCCAGACCCUCCCCGCUGGUUCAGGAGGAUGAGCUGCUGAGCAACAACCACCUGCCUGAACACAACAACAUCGUGGUGGAGAGCGAGGAGGAGGAGGAACUGAAACAGACAGAGGAGGAGGGUGCUGAAGGUGGCCAGUUUGACGUCAUCCCGCUGUACUCAGAAAGGGCCACCAUCUCCAACCUGGGCUCCUCUGGCACAGGGGGGGCUGCAUCCCUGACCACUGUCCCUCCUAAACCCAUACUACUGCUCCUUCUGCUUCUGUCUGCCUCCCUCACCUGGGGGUAGAACAGAGGAUAUAGAGAUGACAUACACACACAUACACAUGCACAUGGACACACUCGCAUAUGAUGGACCUGUCAACAAUCCUGGACUGAUGGCUGUAAAGUUAUAGGAAGCAUAGUGAAGAAUUGGACUUCACAUUUUGUCAGUAGCAUCCCCUUGAUUCUUCACUUCUUUCCUUGCUUCCUUUCUUUCCUCCUUUGAAAAUGGCACUUUGUUCAACAUGAUCUGACUGCAGCUGCAAUGGUGUAUUAAUGUCCUGGGAGCACAGGAAACCUAGUCGUGGUAGGGUGUUCACAUGCUGCCAUCAACCAAUGAGCAUAAUGUAGCUGUUCCUGUCAUGGGUCCAGAACUGCUAUGUCAGUUUGAGUGGCUUGCUCAGUUAUAAGCACACAAACAUUAGCCAGGUGUGUUAGCAGGAUAAAAUAUUGGCUUGUAGGUAAUGUUGCAUUCUUGCCAUAUCGUACAGAGCUAGUAACUGUUCAUGUCAGCCUCCUAAAUUUGAAUCAUCAGUAGUAGAUAUGAAUUUCUGACAGCUAUGAUAUCUCUCACUUGGUGAAAAGAGAUAACCAAGCGUCCACAAACUGGUGCUAAAAUGGCUGCAAAGCCACCAUUGCUGGCAGUUCAACACAAAUAAAAUACAUAAUAUUAAGAUUAAACUCUAUUGCAACUAUUUAAAAAGGAGCUGUGUAGCUUACACAGUUAAUGUCUGGUUUAACUUGUUAGCAAGAUGCUACAAAUAUGUACCAAAAUAAAAGUAGCUAACUAGCUAGUAUACAUUUCCAUUUAUCUGGUGUGCCUACAAGGUUAGCAGAGGAGGUAACAUCUUAGAAUAAGGUGUGAACUCUCCCAAGUCAUAACAAUGAGACGGUUUUCCUCUUCUUCCCAAUCUGCAAAGCAUGCAAUGCACUAAUCACUUUACCCUAGCAUACUUUACCAUGCUAAUGAAUUAUCGUGCUAGCAAACACAACAUGUUAGGCUGCAAACAUGUUAUUAAACAAAUGUUAGCAUUUAGGCUAUAGCAGCACAUAAAUACAUAACUACUAUGAUGUUGCAUAGCCUACUGUUUCUAUCUUGUAUUUCAAUUUUAAUUGGAUUUAAUUUAUUUAUUUAAUUGAGCAAUGGCUACUUUCUAUGUAAAAGGGGCUCAGUUAAAAUAAUGAACAUUUCCAAGCUGUCUCAUUAACUAGCUAUAUUUAUCAGCUAUGGUAGCAACAUAAUUAAGUUGCUGGCUACACAAAAACAUGCUCCAAACUCUUUCAUUUGGCUUACUGAAAUUUUACAACAGAAAAAGAAAAUCUGAAAAGGUUGGUACAUGUGAUGUUGCCAAAGUGCAAACAAAUGUUUUAGUAUGAUAAUGAACUUAGCUAGUUAAGUUGGUAAGGAUACAGCUGUAUUUCUAAAGGAAACUUAAGAAGGCAAAAGUUCUUGUUAACUUUUACAGAGGAGUAAAUAGAAAGCAUCCUGAGUGGAAACAUCACAAGCUGGCAUGGGAUGUGCAGGGCCCAGGACCAGAGGGCUCUGCAGCGGGUGAUUAAAACCGCUCAGAACAUCAUUGGUACCCAUCUACAGAGCAUCAGUGAUAUCUGUGAGACGAGGCGUCUGCGCAGAGCCCAAAGGAUACUUAAGGACAGCAUGAAGCACAUAGCUAUGUUUUAAGUAUAGGGAACACAGUCAAAAUAGUGAACAUCCAACAGCCCAACAACCCAAACUCUGUCAUAUUAGCAGCUAUGCAUAAUUGAGUGCAACAUUCCAAACUCUUUCAUUUGGCCAUAUGUCAUUUUAAUUUUAUGGUCAUUUUUAAUUAUCGAAAGUAGAAAAUAAAACACAAAUGGAUAUUACAUUUUCUAGCAUGUUUCUGGAGUCAACGCAGAUGAUGGACCAGGAAACACAAUAAACAAAUGAUCUGAGUGGUAUAACAAACUGGGUGCUUGGAUGUGAACACCCCACACAUACAGAAAUGCCCCACAGCUGCAGCUGGAACUUGUUGUUUUUUUGUUUUUAAAAGAAACUCAUUGAUAGAUGAUGAUUUGUCCCACUGGUUGCGGCUUACCUGUCUAUGGGUCAUCCUAACAAUGACUGAAGGGGGAAAGGGCUUUGAUAUACGAUGCAUCAGUCAAACUUUAUCAUGGUGAUGAAUGGAGCGAUCCUCUUCUCCCUGCUGCCAUCCCUAUUCUACAGCUGUGGUGAAUGACAAAUUACACACUUGUCUCAUUGUUUAAUGAACAUCAAGUGCCAAGUGUGUGAUGUGUGUGUUUGUGUGUGCGCAUGCAUGGAUCAGGCAGAGAGAUUGCAAAGAAAAUUGGGUAAAGCUUUUUGUUAUAAUUUGAGUCUUGCACUUCAUCGUUCCCACCCACGUCAGCAUAGCCACACAUACUGUGUAGACUCACACACACACACAUACAUUUGCACACAUACUGCCUGCCAUGUAUUGAGCCGAUGCAGCUCUUUCUUGCUUUAUUGCUCUAUCCCCGUCUGUAUCUCCCUCCCCGGUGACUCAGGACCGGGACCUGAGCUGCCACAGGCACCGAUAUGAAUAAAGCCGUCAUAAUAAAAACAACACACCAGAAACAAUAUGAGCUCUAAAACGGCAGAACAAAUCAAAUAGCUCCCCAGCAGGCGAAAAACACACGCUACGUCUGACACCAACACAGAGACAAAAUGAAAAGAGUUAGAGAACAAGUGGGAGAGAGAGAUGUAUGGAGGAGAAAUUAAGAAAAAAAAUAAGGCCGAGUCCCCGUGUGGUCUUUGUGCGUUUGAUGUUUUACUUGUUUUUAGUUGGGAGGCUGAUAAUCAGUCCCUGACAACAUCUCUUUAUCAUCUGACAGGCUCCUGGGGGGGAGGAGUGUGUGUGUGCGUGUGUGUGUUGGGGGGCAUCAGGCAAUGAUAGAAAUAGUGCGCUAUAGUGAGAACAGAAAGGACCCUGGAGCACAAACAUAGCAGAGAGAAACGCCAGCUCUUGAUUUUCUAUGUCUUAUAAAUCUUUUGCUGACACAAUUUUUUCUCUCGUUCCUUUCCUAUUUCUUGGGAGUGUGUAAAAUUAACUUCCAUCUGCAGGGGUGCCAGUGAUGGUGUAGGGCAAGGAGACAAAGGAGGGAGAGAGGGGAGGAAAGGGAGAGAAGGGAGGGAAGGGAGGGAAAAGAUGACAGGGGGCAGGAGGAGAGACAAGGAGAAGAUAGGAGAAAAAAGAGGAAACAAAUUGGAGGGAGAGUACGAAAAAAGAAAAGAGGAAGCAUGAAGGAGAAGAGGAAAGUAGGAAAUAGACAGAAGAAAGCAGCAAGGAGAAGGACGAACGAAGAAAGAAGAGGAAGAAAAAGAGGACAGGAAAAAAGGGAUGGCAGGAAGCAGGAAAGAGGAUGAACAAAUGAGAAAAGGCAGACAAGAGUCAGAAGAAACGCAGAAACAACAAAGAGGAUGAGCAAACAUGGAGAAAGAAGGGGGGAAGGAAGAAAUGGAAGGGGCAAAGAGAAAAUAAAUAGAGGUGAGGUGAAAAGAGGGAAACAGGAGAUAUGAAGGAGUGGAGGAGAGGAGUAGGGGAAAAGAGGAGGAAGGAAUGCAAGGAGAGGAGGAAAAAAGAGAGAGGGGAAAGAGAGAGAGGAGGAAAAAAGAUGGAAAUAGACACUGAGAGCAACAAGGAAAAGAGGGCAGAAAAAGGGAGCAAGGGAAGAAAAGAGUGGAAAUGAGAGGAGGGACAGGAAGAGGAGGGAGGGAGAGGAGGAAACAAAUGAAUGAGAGAGGAAACCAGGAGAAGAGAAGAAGAAAAAAGUAGAGAGGAAGAGAGUGGAAGGAAAGGAUAGAAAAUAGAAAAGGGGAGAGGAGAGAGUUGAGAAGAGAAAAAGAAGAAAGGAAUAAGAGGGUUGAAGAGAGUGGUGGAACAAGGAGAGGAGAAAACAAAGUUGAAAGUAGGAAAGAGGAGGAGAAGAAAUAAGAGCAAGGAGGGAAAGGAAGAAGGAAGGAAAAAGCAGAAAAUAAAAGCAGAGAGAAAGAGGAGAAAAAAGACAUGAAGGAGAAAAGAAAAGAGAAGGGGGUGGGCAGAAGGAAGGGUAAAGGAGGAAGAGGUUUGCUUUGUGAAGCCACCGAGGAAACAAACUACAAAGAGAAUGAAAGGAUGUGAGAGGUGACAGGUCUGCUGUGCGCUUUAACCUCUCUUUCUCUUUCCUCAGACACUGUGUGCAACUACUGAGAAAUACACGCUCACACACACAAAUACACACACACACACAGUCUCAAAGGGCUUUCUGUCUGAACACACCCCUCAGACAAAGCGUCUGUCAAUCAGUGAAACAGCGAUAAGAGACAGAGGAAAGCUCUGUCGGCUCACCGAUACUUCUUUAAACAUUUAGCAGGCUGAACAGUAAAUACUGAUGUUCUGUGAGGAGGACUUUGCCAAAGUAUUAACUAAAAGUCAUAAACAGCAAUCAGGCACUGUAAUCGAACAGAAGAUGCUGAUUACAAUGAAACAUUCAUUCAUUGUAAUGACUGCAAAUGUCUCCAUGAAGUGUUUUCAUUAAGCUUUACAGGGAAUCAUCAGAGCUGACAGCAUGAAUCAUGACAGCUUUGUAAAGGUUAAAGAAACACCAUGUGCACCUUAAAACAUCUGACGAACCUUGACAAAAUUUUCAAAUGAUAAAUUCUAUACUUUUCUUUCUGUCAAUAAAUCCCACGAACAGACCCAAACCAGCAAUGAAUGUAUCCUAUUAACAAGCCUGAUGGAUCUUCUUCCUCUGAGCCAUGGAGCUCCACUGUUGUCCAGAAACUAUUAAAAACACAUCAGCGAGCCGCACUGUUGCACUGGCUGACAUGUUCCUUCAUCACCAUGAACACACACACUGUAUUGUUUAUAGAAAGAAUUUUGCCAGUUCUGUGAGAUAAAUCAAAAAAGAUUUUCAGGAGUCCCACCAGGAUUUUGUUGUUUUCAUAUAAUUAUCGCAGCCUGAUUUGCAACCAAAUUUGACACAGCUUUUGUAAUAAUUGCCAACCUUUUAAAUCUUUUUGCAAUGGACUGCUGUAUUUUUAAAAAUUUUAAUCUGGAGAAAACUGGGAAUUGGUUGAAGUGUAAUGAAUUCCUUCUAUUUGGAUGAUCACAAAUUCCUAGUGGGACUGGACUUUGCAUCUUUAAACAAGUCAGAGUAAAGGCUGGCCACGCCAGCACUGAAAACAGCAACAUUGUGGAACUAUUGCACCUAUCUGCUCACAGGGCCGACGCAAGUUAGCAAGCCAGCUAGCUUGGACAGCUGUUGUGACUGACUGGUGCUAGCAGAUUCCAGACUGGCUAGCAGUUAGCUUGUCAGCUAUAGUAGUUAGCUAACUAGCCCUGUGAGUAGUCACUAUCCCACCAAACUUCUAGCACCACCUACGUCGCAUAGAUGCGCAGAUGACUUUUGCUGUGCCACUUUCUGGUGUGACCAGGGGUCAAGAUGUGUCAGAAACGGUGAAAGUGCUUGAAACAAGUUGACUUGUAUUGGAAACAGGUAGAAAGAUAACCCAAUGGCUGAUUUUGUUAGUCUACUUUUUAAGAUUUUAAGAUGAGAAGGUCGCCACUUCAGAGUGGUUUUGAAAAUGUGGGGACACAAGUCGAACACUCUCCCCUCCUGAAACAAUUGAAGUGAAGCCUGUAAACUAGUUCAGGUAGUCAAGUUAAGUUUGCUGCUCCACUCACGAACUCUUCCCACUGCAGCAUAAAUCCAUGCUGCAUGCCUGCUGCCGCACCUGAAAGCUAUGCUGGCACUUGCUACUACUGCUGCUGCUGCUGUUCAUAUAGCAUUUAAAAAGCUACACCUCCAUCUCGAGUCAUCGUUCUUAGUAGUUGGUGGUGGUAGAGCUCCGGUCCAAAUGUUGAACUCGAGCUGCUACUGUGUGCGCUAGCCACUGAUGGUGCUAGCUCAGGAAGCUGCUGCAGUAGAGUCGGCACUAAUGUUAGCUGGGCUAGCUUGCUGUGUAGUCGGGAGAGAAGAAAUAUUGUUGACUGCGCUUGGAGAAGUUGCCUGGGAUUUGGAAUCUGGUGGUUUUGAGUUCAAAGGAGUAGAUCCUGUAGUAGAUUCUGGUGCAUGGGGUUUCGCGCCAUUUCCUUAUGUCCAUAGUCCAUUGAUAAAUGCUAACAUUAGCUAGCUUCAUUGAAAGUGAGACACGUCAACAGUCAGUGAUGAUGGCGACGUGUUUUGUCAGGCAGCGCUGUCAAAUUAGAUUUUGCGAGGGGGGGCCAUUUUACUGUGUGAUUAUUUGUGCUUUAGAAAGUGAAACAAACAGAAAAUAACGUUUUCUUUCUCUCAUUCAGUGGCUUUCUCACUACAGGCGCUCCCUCUCUUCAUUCAUUCUGUAGGUCGCUCGACCACAGCUCUCUCUCUCUCAAAGAAAUGAACACAAUCGAAGCUUCUCGGUAUCACUAUUUUUCAGCAUAGACUGCAAGCCUGAUGCAGAUGUCGAAGCUGGGUACACGAAAUAAACCAAGUGAGGACACAACUAGCAGAGUAUCCUAGUUUGGUCCAUGAGCUCGGCCUGGACGGCCCCUGGUUUCACUGAUAUUUCAGGCUGUUUGACUGGUCCGAUCUCCAGAUUGGCCACCGCAGCGUGACGUGGGGUUGCGUUUCUCCCUCCGCAAAAGUUGAUUCUGUUUCAACUCUUCUACCGCAGGUCGCUGUAUUUUUAUUUAUUUAUUUUUUAUCCCCCGUGGCCCCCACUGCCACAAGGACUGCUGAUUUCACCACAGUGCCUGAUUUGGUCUGGGAUGUAAGCCUGAUUUUUAUUAGAUGUAUUUUUAAGUUAUGAAUUUGUUUGCAAAUUAAUAGUUUUAAUUAUUUAUCAAUACAUGAUUACCAUAUUUAAUCUUUAUUAUAAUUUAAUGAAUUUUGCGAAUUUUGGGGGGGCACAAAAGCGCAUUUGGACAGGCAUUGCCCCGCAAUGCCCUAUGGGCAGUAACAGUCUGAUUACACCAGCAUGUGGCAAUUAUUUUCUAAAUUUGACAAAAGUGAGCAUACAGUAAAUUACAGUAAAUUACCUGAAAAGGCGAUGAGCAGUUACCCCAGAAUUCCCCCCCAACACCCCCACCUCCUACCACCAAAUAGUGGAGGUUAAUUGAGAUCAGCAGGGGAGGGCAGGCGUCUGAUUGACAUGGCUAGCGGGGGCCGGAGCGACGGCCUUUUACCGGGCCCUGUUGUUCGUUUUAAUUGUUGUCUCGACUGUUUGUUGCCAGGGCCGACACAUGGUGGCAGGACGACAAGCGGGAUGGACGGAGGGAGUAAGAGAGACAGUGGAGGGAGCGAGAGGAGGGAGUGGACACCGGUGAUUUACAUUAAUAUGUACUGAAAUAAACAAGCGGAGAAGCCAUGCGUUAAAUCAACUCAGAGAGAUAGAGAUAGAGAAAGAAAGCCUCAAGGGUGAGAGAGGAAUAGAGAAGGAGGAUGUGUGUGUGCUUGGAAAGAAGCGCUCUUUUUAUUGUUCUAUUACCGUGCAGUAGAUUUACAUGCACGGAAGCGCACGCACACACACACUCACUCACUCACACACACCAUGUCAGAUUUGAGCGUCUAGUGUGUCUGCUUUCUCUCUCCAGUAUUUUAGUAUUCUAAUCCAUCAUUGGCCUGACAUGGGGAUGCUGUCUCUCUCCUUUCUUUCUCCAUCUAUGUCUCUCUCUCUCUCCAUGCUACUGCACAUACACGGCAUCCAAAUGGAAGAUAAAGGCAGAGCAGGGGCAAAAACAAACUCCACAGCAGGGAGAGCUUUAUCCAGAGAGAUAAAACAGAGGAAUGAAAGCGGCGACGGAGAGAUACAGAGGAAGUUGAAGAGAUGGAAAGAGGAAAAAGGGAGGAAGGAGCAGAAGAAGAAACAGAGGAGGUAGGAGAUGAAAUGGCAGUAGGAAAAGGAGAGGAAAAUGAAGGCAGAGAGAUGAGGAGGAUGAGCGGUUGGUGGGAUGGGCGAGAGAGCAAGAGACAGAAACAGAGAGAGAGAUGUGUGUGUGACUGAAACUCCCUGCUCCAUUUCACACUCUGUAGGUCCUGACGCAUCGGCAAUCAAAGACACACAUACACGCACACAAAGACACACACAAAGACACACAUGGAUGCUGUCCUUUUUCGAUUUCUAAUUCACAAACACACACACACACACACACACACACACACACACACACACACACACUUGUUUGCCGCCAUUUCUCAGUCAUACACGCAGAUAAACAAAGAUGCACAAACACACAGUCACAGUCGUUAAACUGAAAUUCCUGCAGCUUUGCCCUUGACUCUCUCUGCUUCUUGGAUCUCUGCUUUUUCACUUGGUUUACUUUGAUGCUUCCUCCCAGAGCUGCUAUUUUGCACCAAUGACCAACUUUGAUACAGUGAGAAAUCUGUCAGAGAAACACAGAGGCAAGUCAGGUCAAGGAAGAGCUGAUACUCCUAAAAAGUUCAUUACAAGACUGGAGGUUAACUUUUCCCUUAAAGCCAAUUACAAAAAAAACAAAACCCUAACAUAUUUUUUCACUCACACUCCAGUGGUAUCUAUCCAUAUAGAUGGUUUUGAUUUUAUUUGCCCAUGUUUCCCCCCAAUACAAUGAUGGGGAAUAGAAGUUUGAUUGUGGCAUUGAAAAAUUACAUUUAAUGCAACAGCAAUGCAUCUAUCCAGACACAAAAUCCUGAUUAUUUUGGAUAAUCCUCAGACCUUACAACAGAAAUAGUCCCUAUGAAAACGGUUGACUGGGUGACAUAUCCCAAAACAUGAGGAAAUGAAACCAAAACUAUCAGUUUUUUAUGACAUUGUUCUUGAAAUGUCAGAUAUGUUUUGCUAACAGUGGCCAUAAUACCCCAUCGCACAGUAAAGUUUAGCAAGGAUUUAUUUUUUGGGGUUUUUUUUGUAACUUGGGUUAACUGACCCUUUAAAAGAUUAAUAUUGAUGUUUCAGAUUAGAAGUUGUUAAUGUAUCUGAACAUAAUAUGUGAAGGAGCUGCUUGACAUUUUAACCUAUGUACACUUUCUGUCAUUCGGACUCACAUUACAGGAUAUUCAUUAAUGUUUGCCUCUUAGUAAAAAAGACGGGAAGCAGAGGCAAACUGCUAGCUUAACUUCAUCAAGAGUUGAAAAAACACAACUUCGAAUAACUACAUAACUGAUGAUCAAAGUAACUGCAUGCAAGUGCUGUCCUCAUUGUGGGGUUACCAGAUCUAAAUUGUUGGAAGCAACAUUCACAUCUGUAAUGUUUGUUACAUUUUUAUUGAAUCCUAUGUAUCCUAUGUCUGUUUAAUAAGCAGUCAUUUGGCAAGAGUUACAUGAACAAAGUUGGCAUGGUAAAAAGGUUUGGAUUUGUUGAAAGGUGUGUUAGCUAUUUUCCUCAGCUUCCAGUCUUUAUGCUAAGCUAGGCUAGACACUCCUGGACCUACUGUAUCUAUGUACUGGGUGCACAGAUUAAACUGAUAGCCAUCUUGUCAUCUGAGUCUGGGUAUGAUGGUAAACAAGAGGGGUUCGCAAAAUGUUGGUAUUCCUUUAAUACGUACCAGCCUCUGAAACAGAAUUUAGACCAUCAUGGGGCACACAAAGACUCCACUGAAAGCCAUGCUUGUCAAAUUCCUUCAAGUGAGACUAUGUAAUUUUUGCUGAACAGCAACCACUUUAUUCACAAGUAACAUUUAUGGGAUAAUGGUAAAUGCUAAGACCAAGCGGCCACCUCCUGGGCUGAAGAAUGAAGCCAAUGCGGAAGUGCCAAAAACUGCAACUCAAAUGGCCACUUGAGGCUGGCUCCAAAAGCGAGUCAGUCCCCAUUAACCCCCAGAAAUAAACAUGUUUACAGCCUGGUACAAAAAACGGAUUUGGUCUCCAUAGCUAAUUUCCCCGUUCAUGAGAACUGUGAGGGGGUGAAUUUUUAUACAACUCACCCGUUUAAAUUAUUUUAAGGCUUAAAGUUCUGCAUAAUUAAGGACGUGGCCAAUUUGAGUGACAGGUGGGUGCCCUAUCAGGUGGCUUGCCUCUAGGUGGUUCAGCAACCAGGCUUCAUUCGGCCUUCAUUCAUCUUUGCCCAUUUUUGGAUUAGCCAGAGUCAGGGACUGCCAAGAUGGCAACAGCCAGAGCCACUGGAGCUGCCCACUGUUUUUUUUCUUAUGAAUUAAAGUUUUCAUUUGUAUGAGGAUGAAUGUGUUAAAUCCUCUUUCAAAAGUAACAUAGUCUCGCUUUAAGUGGGUUAUCAGCUCCUUAAGGAAGGGUGGCGUAGAUCUCACUCUCACGACUUCUUCUGUUUGGACAUCUGACAUGAAAAAUCCAAAAAAGCCUGGUCUCUAUUAACCAGCCUUGCACUUUUUCAACUGUGUAAAAAUGUGUGUAAUGAGGGAAUUGUGUGCAGUGUUGUCUCAUGUGACAGUUCAUUAGCAUUGUUUUGUAUAAUUUCACCAAAUUCCCAGACCCAUAUGGGAAUAUUUAUGCUGUUGGUUUAGUAUUCAGAUGUAUAACUGUCUCAUUCUUGAACACUAUGACUGGAAUAAUUUCUGUACAAUUAAAUAUCUAGUGAAUGAAUUGUUUGGGGCUUCCUGGAGUUUUCUCUAGGACCCCACCAGGUAUCCCCUCAUAGGCUCCUGGGACUUCCUGGACUCUUUGAGUACCACUUUACCGCAUUGCACAUGAAAUGAUGUUUCAGAUGUGUUUCUGCAAAGUGUUUUUGUCUUUAGCUGAAUGUUUUUUCCAGCCGACACAGAUGCACAAGCUCGUCAUGCAUUGCCAUGGUUACCCCGGUCUCACCUAGGUUGCUGUACCCCGGGUGAUCCCAAAAGGUAAAUGGAGCUGAAUAAUCUUUGGAAGUCAGAUUCUUUUCAAUACACCAACACCUGGCGAGGGCACAGUGGCCAUUUUUUCCCUGCUUGACUGACUGACUGAACCCCCCCUCCUCCCCCACCUCUUAUCUCGGCAGGUGCCUGGUUGAAUGGGACAUCAUCGCCAUGGAGAUUGAGGCAAUAACACUCGCACAGGCACGCACACACACAUACACAGAGUCACAGACUCGGAAAUGAGACUGGCUUUCAUGAGCGAGCGGCUGAACAGUCUGACUCAAUGAAAAGUUGUCUCUCCAAAGGGAAGACAGCCGCGUGGAUUGAGCUGUCACUUGAAGAGAACUUUGCUCUGCUCUUUCAUCCCUCUGUGUGAAUAUGGACGGAUCUCUCUUUCUCUUUCAUUCUGUCAAAUGUUAACCUUCCGUUUGGGUAAUUCCACACUAAAGCCUUGGCCCAGGAGAAAAGCAGGUGGAGAUAAAUGCACUCCAUUUAAAGAACACUGACCAAGGCUGAAAAUGCUCCUGUCACCCCUCCCCCUCCCCUUCGCUUCCUGUCUAAAGCAUGUCAGUAUACAGUGCCAGAGUGAGGGAGGCACAUCACCACAGGGCUUUCCCCACUUGCUCUCAUUUUAGUGUGUGAUCCAUCCUAACACUCCUUUGGUCCUGUGCUUAACUGCCUGUUGGACUGUUGAUGAAACUUUUGACUGUUUCUUAGACACACGAACUCCAUCGGGCUCUCCUUCACACACAUUUAAAAAAUAGAAGUAAACAUUGACUCCAGUCGAUAGAGAUCGGUGGUUGAUUGGUUUUAAACUGUGUUGGUGAAAAGGUAUGUAUCUCUGGGGGGCAUGUAUGUGGCCCCGCAUGAAAUAUUUCUAUUUCUGAUCAUUCGUUGACAUUUUGCCCUGCUGAAUGUGCCCCUGUGGGGAUAUGAACCACUCCAUGUAUCUGCUGUGUUCACCUGUGAAUAAUAAAAUAAAUGUACAAGCUGACAUUUCUUUA